CUCUGAAUCCCGAUGCUGCGGUCUGGAGAUCCUCGAGUGUUGGUGUGAAGGACGUCCACAAAAAGAGCAUCAUCAGGGGAAAGAGUGCUUUGGGAGUCGGCGUACUCAAAGCUGGGACCAGCCGGAUCCAGACCUGCUUCGCCUCCCAUCCAUCCCUCUCACUCCGCUUUCAGCCGAGGACCGAGAACCUAGUUUGUUCGUAGUUUCCUUGAACUUAAGACUUGCAAACAUGGAGGCCAUCAAGAAGAAGAUGCAGAUGCUGAAGCUGGACAAGGAGAACGCCAUCGACCGGGCGGAGCAGGCCGAGACGGAGCAGAAAGCGGCGGAGGAAAAAUGCAAGCAGCUGGAGGAUGAGCUGAUGAGCCUUCAGAAGAAACUCAAACAGACCGAAGAUGAACUGGACAAAUACUCCGAGGCCCUAAAAGACGCCCAGGAGAAACUGGAAAUGUCCGAAAAGAAAGCCGCUGACGCUGAGGGUGAUGUGGCGGCCCUGAACCGCAGGAUUCAGCUGGUGGAGGAGGAACUGGACCGGGCACAGGAGAGGCUGGGUACCGCACUUCAAAAACUGGAAGAGGCAGAGAAGGCAGCCGAUGAGAGCGAGAGAGGUAUAAAGGUCAUUGAGAACCGUGCCAUGAAGGACGAGGAGAGGAUGGAGAUCCAGGAGAUGCAGCUAAAAGAAGCCAAGCACAUCGCAGAGGAGGCCGACCGCAAAUACGAAGAGGUCGCCCGUAAACUGGUGAUCCUGGAGGGCGAGCUGGAACGAACCGAGGAGAGAGCCGAAGUCGUCGAAAUCAAAGCUAGCGAUUUGGAAGAGGAGUUGAAAAAUGUUACCAACAACCUUAAAUCUCUAGAGGCUCAGGCGGAAAAAUACUCAGAAAAAGAAGAUAAAUACGAAGAGGAAAUCAAGGUUCUUAGUGAUAAGUUGAAGGAGGCCGAGACCCGUGCAGAGUUUGCGGAAAGAUCAGUGACCAAACUGGAAAAAUCCAUUGACGACCUGGAAGAAAAAUUAUCUACUGCUAAAGAAGAAAACCUCGGAAUGCAUCAGGUGCUGGACCAAACGCUUCAAGAGCUCAACAGCUUGUGAGAUGUGAGAGAAACAACGUCCAUUUUACACAAAUAGCCUACUUACCCAAGUCCAUAUUUCGAGCAAUUGAAUCCUGUUUCCUCACAGAAGAAUAAUUUUGUUUUUGGUCCUAGGUUUUUUUUGUUUUUAUAAUAUUUGUCCUAUCAAGCGUGACUUCGUUUGCAUAUGAAGCUCAGAUAACGCAUUACCAAAAAUAGUUAACAAACCGAGCCGUUACUUCCUCGUAGCCCACACAUUUUCCUCAGAAACAAAACUGUAGGUAUCUUAAUAAAUGCUAUAACUAAUGGAAUAUGUGGACGUGAAUUAAAGCAAAAUAAAUACUAUUUACACGAAUUUAUAAUGUUACAGUCCUUUCCCGGUUAAAUGAAGACGUGUGUCAUUUCUCCCCGUCCAUUCUAUUAUGUGUGUUUAUCAUCCCACCUACUGGACACAUUGUGAACUGCAGUACAUUGACAUUUUGAUCUGAUUGAUGUUGAAUUACUAUUUGAAACUUUUGUAUUACCUUUAUUUGUUUUUAUUUGAAGUAUUUUAUUUGAAUAAUACCUUUGUGUUAUAAUACCAUGUGUUUUGCAUCAUGGUUUACCUUGGAGUACCAUGCAAAUAUGCGUUUUGGUAACAACUUUAUAAAACAUAUGUCUAUACAUUAUUAGGCCUUCAAACAGUUAAUGUACAUUCAGAUGAAAGAUUGUAAUUCAUGUUUUUUUCCAUUAUUUUGUUUUUGAAUGUACAUGAACUGUUAACAAAUGAAAGUUGAAAGCCACCACAAAAUGGGGACCAAAAUAAAGACCAAAAGUUUGAGUUUUACAGA